GGAGAGCAGAGCGGGGAGAGACGCAGCUGCUCGGCCACGGUGGAUACAAGCCAGGAUGGUCCUCUUCCAAAAGCCCUCCUUUUAAAACAUUUUAACUUAAUUAAGCUCGGGGACUAAGGCGGGGAAAGCAUCAGUGUACCGUGUGGUGACCGGCUGAGACAGAUGCGUCUGCGGUCUCUCUGAGUCCGGUAGUAACGUCUGUCUUUGUUCGGUUGUGUGACAUCUGUCCUCCUUCACCUCCAACAUGGAGCAUUCAGAGAAGGAGCACAGGUCGGACGAGGAGACCGAAUAUGAAGACGAGGAGGUGGACCCCAGAAUCCAGGGGGAGCUGGAGAAACUCAACCAGUCCACUGACGACAUCAACAGAUGUGAGACGGCGCUGGAGGAUGCGAGGCAGAAGUUCCGCUCGGUCCUGGUUGAGGCCACCGUGAAACUGGACGAACUGGUGAAGAAGAUCGGCAAGGCUGUGGAGGAGUCCAAGCCUUACUGGGAGGCCCGCAGGUUGGCCAGACAGGUGAUGGAGGCGGAGCACACUAAGACGAGAAGCGAACUGGUGCACAAGGAGACGGCGGCCAAAUACACGGCAGCAAUCGGCCGCAUGAAGCAGCUGGAGAAAAAACUCAAACGCGCCAUCAACAAGUCCAAGCCCUACUUUGAGAUGAAGGCGAAGUACUAUCUGCAGCUGGAGAACCUGAAGAAGAACGUGGACGAGCGGCAGGCCAAGCUGUCUCAGGCCAAAGGCGAGUAUAAGACGGCCCUCAGGAACCUGGAGAUGAUCUCCGACGAGAUCCACGAGCGACGGCGAAACUCCGCCAUGGGCCCCCGGGGGCGCGGCGUGGGCGCCGAGGGCGAUAGUGUUUCCGGGGACGACAUCUCAAACUUUAAGAUGGAGUCGGACGGAAUAUCCAUGGCGUCUGUGUGUUUUGAUGACGAGGCUUGUGGCGGCAGCAGCAUCAUGUCGGAGGAAGACUCGGAGACUCGCUCCACCUGCAGCCUGGGCUCAUCUCCCAGCAGCCCUCAGGAGCUCCUGUCACCUUGCCCCUUCGCCAGCUCCUCCUCGUCCUCCCCCUGCACGUCCUCCUCCGCCUCUCCGUCGCCCACACCCUCCUCCUCCUCCUCCUCUCCGUCUCCUCUGUCCAGGCCCUGCAGCCUGGACCUUCCCAGCACCGUGUCGCUGUCUGACUUCGGCCUCAUCUCUCCGGUGCUCGGGCCUCGCAGCGAGUGCAGCGGAGCGUCGUCACCAGAAUGCGACCUGGAGAGAGGUGACCGGGCAGAAGGUGCAGAGGGGGAUCUGGACAACGCUCCGGCCACCACCACGAACAACAACAGCAGCAGCAGCAGCAGCAGCAGCAGCAGCUCCACUUCCAGCACCAAGAGGAGCUUCAGCCUGGAGGCACGCUUCAGCUUUCUGAACCUGCGCCGCCCGCGCGCCGACAACGCCAAAAACACGGACAACUGUUCCCAGAAGGCUGAGACCGGGCAGACUGUGGUCUUGGUCAAAGGAGUCUGAGGACCAAAAAGAGAAUUUGUGGGAGGGAUUUUGGCUCUGCCUUGACUCAUUCUGACCUAAACUCUCUGAUAAACUGUUUAUAAGCGACCUGCCACAACUGCACUCCAUUUCCAAACUCUGCGGUCAAAGAGAGACUCUGAAUGUCAUAGUUGGUGUCUAUUAAGUAUCCUGUACAUCUCGGCAGCAUUGUUACUCCCAUUAACCUUAUGAAGGACAAUGCACCUAAGGACUCUCGUGCCUGGGAGAUAAAGAGCACUGUUAAGGGUGAUGGAAG